GUUGUUUUUUCGGUCGGAAGGAUGGCGGAAGUUUUGAGUGUAUUCAGAAGUCCGUCCAAUAGUCGCGGCCAGGAUGGAGACCGUGAAUGCAGGAUACACGAUGAGUUUCGCUGCGCUACAGCGACAAGACCCAUAUAUAAACAAACUGCUGGAUGUUACCAGCCAGGUUGCGCUGUACAACUUCAACUCCAAAGUUAACGAAUGGGUAGGUUUGUCAAAACGCCUACGGACGUUGAGGGGUAGCUGUCAGUUUAAUACCAAAUACUAACCUAGCAUGCUAAUGCUAAUGUUUGCUACUCGGAUUAAAUGUACUAAAAUUCAGAUAAAUAAAUAUAUGGUAAUGGAACUGCCAAUAAACCAGAUAGUUCAUAAGUAGCACUGUUGUGAUAACACUGUCAUUGUUAUACUGUUUCAAGUUCUAAUAUUAUUACGAGGUAAGCGGUCCUGCCUAAGAUAAUGUCAACACUGAGCGUCGUUUUUAGUCAGUAUAUUUUGGGUUAGAGGUUAUUUUCAGCAUUUGUUAUCAUUUCAGGAGAAGACCGAAAUCGAGGGCACCCUGUUUGUUUAUGCAAGGUAAGCAUUUGAAGAGCUUCAAGACACUACUUUCGUGAUUGUUGUGUGAGUUAUGUUCGCUUGUGACAUGGUUUAUGAAUAUAACUCAACUUCCAAAAUAGAGUGGCGCUGUAUUAAUACAUAAAUACGUAUGUGUGGUUUAACCACUGCAUUAAAUGGAAAGAGUGCAAAGACCCAAUACCAAAUGUUUUCUGAAAAAUAUUAACUCAUUUAAGUUUGGUGCCAAGCUUCAUGUUUCUCUAAAUGUUUGGACAGGAACAACAUUUGAUUUAAAAAACUGCGUAUGACUAAAAUAUUCACCUGGUGCUGCAUCUCCUAACUUAUUUCUACAGCUCGUACUGUGGUUAAGGUGUGAUGAUAAAUAAUUGUGGGUUUUGAAACUGUGACCUCCUUACAUAACAUCAUCACUUAGAAGCCUAAGCUUACCCUUGUUAAAUCUUUUGAAAUGACUCCAUGGGCUAAAACCACCUCCAAAAAGCAUUGUCCUGUAGUGUACAUGGCUGCAUCGUAAUUUACAAACACACACACACACACACACACACACACACACACACACACACACACACACAUAUAUAUAUAUAUAUAUAUAUGUACACACUACAGGCCAAAAGUAGAAGAAAUUUUGACUAUAAUUAUGAAGUAUUUGAGUUAUUGUUGCUUAGACUUUGCUUUCUUUAAAGUAACCUCCUCUGGCUUUAACAACAGUUUGGCAUGUACGAGGCAUUCGUUCCACAAGUUUUUUUAAGGUAUGUUCCAGGGAUUGCAUUCCAAGCUUUCAUUAAAAAGAGACUGCUGAUUCGUGGGAUGCGUUUUUCUGACCGAUCAAUCCAAUUCAAUUCGCUCUUCUUUUUUGUCUCGGUAACCCUGACAGAGCUUGGCAGAUAGCUUAGGGUCAUUGUCUUGCUGCAAAACAAACUUAUGAGCCACAAGUCUGAGUCUGGAUGGAACAGCAUGGUGCUGGAGGAUGGAGUGGUACUGUUCCUUCUUCAAACAAAUCUCCUACUCCAUCACCUGCAAAACAUCCCCAUACAAUGUAACUACCACCUCCAUGCUAAAUUGUGGGUGUAACACAUGGUGCUUUCAGACGUUCACCAGUUUGUCUGCGGACAUAGACUCUGCAUUUUGAACCAAACAGUGCAAACUUGUUUCUAGUCAUCAUAAGUCCAAUUUUUGUGAACCUUUGCCCACUCAUAUCUCUUUUUCUUGUUCAGUGGAUGAAGUAGUGUUUUCUUUUUGCAGAUACACAACCCUUCAGACCAGCCUUUCUCAAAUGUCAUUUCACGGUUGUCAGAGAUAUUGGUUUCGACCUUGUCAUGUUGAUUUCCUCCCUUAUUUGUGGUGCCAUCUUUCGACGAUCUCUCUUACUGGUGACAAUGCUAUGUUUAUCCUCUGCUUUUGUUGUAACUCUCAUUCGUUCAGGUCUUUUUCUAUCAUCAUAACUUCCAGGUUCCUCUAGUCUCUUCAGAGUGUAGUGGACUCCUUUGUUAAACACCUCUAGGCGUUUUGCAAUUUCUCUUUCUGUGUAUCCUUCUUUCCUCAAUGUACAAAUCUGUACUUUUGUUUCUUUACUCAGUUGCUUCUUUCUAGCCAUUUUUGCGGUAGUUUGAACGCAUUUGAGAUUUAUUAGGAUUUUUGUAUGCAGACUCUCAAAAGCCUAAAGUUGAAGUGAGUAAUCCAACUGUGCUUUGUUUUUUGCUUUUGCACUGAAGUUGUGACUCUUGCAAAUGUUUUAGCAAUGGUCUGUCAACAUCAAUGUAUAUCUAAAGGUAAAUGGAGUAAAAUGGUGCAUUUUCAUGAAAGCAACAUCUGAUCAUGGAGUAAAUACAUCCCGAAAUACAUAAAACUCAUGCUGGAUUUUAAAAAAAGCAUUGUGAACAAAGACUUGAAGUUACUCCCAACGGUUCGGCCUGUAAUGGCCUUGCUUCCAAACUUUUGGCCUGUAGUAUACACACACACAUGCAGCCAUAUUUACAGUUGAGGCCAAAAUUAUUAGCCCCCCUAUGAAAUUUUAACUUGUUUUCCAAAAUUUCCUAAGUGCUGUUCAACAGAUUGAUAUUUUUACACAGCUUUUCCAAACAUCCUAGUUUUAUUUUGGAUCCUUAAAUUAUUUUAGUUUACACACAGAAACAAAAUUAUUUCACAAAAAAUCGAAAACUACCAGGGUCAAAAAUAUUAGCCCCCCUCAGGCUAAUAGUCAACAGUGUGUCCUUUUUGCUGGAUAACAGCAUGCAGUCGUUUGCUAUAGUUUGUUACAAGGCUCUGGCACAUCUUCUGAGGAAUCCCAGCCUAUUCCUCUUUGGCAAAUCUUUCAAGCUCCUCCAGAUCUGAUGGUCUUCUAGCAUGGACCCUGGUCUUCAGUGCAGCCCACAGAUAUUCAAUAGGAUUUAGGUCAAGGCUUUGCGCAGGCUAGUCAAUAAAGUUCACUUUGGUUUCCUAGAGGCAGCUCCUCACCAGGAGUGCUGUAUGUUUUGGGUUGUUGGCAUGUUGGAAGACAAAGCGACGACCCAGACCCAGUUUUGCUGCUGACUGCUUGAGGUUUUCUUUCAAAAUCUUCACGUAUCCUUCUUUUUUCAUUAUUCCUUCAACCUUGACAAGAUUCCCAGUUCCAGGUACACUGAAACAUCCCCACAGCAUGAUUCUCCCACCACCGUGUUUAACUGUUGGGACAGUGUUGUUGGGGUUAUACGCCUCUUCCUUCUUUUUACAAACAUAAGCAAUGUCUCUGUGACCAAAGAGCUCUAGUUUGGUCUCAUCUGACCAAAGAACACGUCUCCAGUAUGCACAAUCUUUCUCCAGAUCGUCCUUAGCAUACCUCAGUCUGACUUGAAGAUGUCUCUUUUGUAGAAAAAUCAUUAAUCUGUUGAACAGCAUUUAAAGAAAUUUUGGAAAAAAAUUAAAAACUUCAUAGGGGGGCUAAUAAUUUUGGCCUAAACAUAUACAUAUAUAAUCUACAAACACUGGGGGAGUUUUCUUGCCCCAAACCUAUUUGAGAUGGACUGAGGUUAAGUGAAAAUCUGUCCUAAGGUCUUCAAAUUCAAAAUUUAACACAUCUUUUUGAACUUUAUGGAUGCUGCUUUUUGUGCUAAAGAGGAGCAUAAAGGAUGCAUAAAAGUUCUUGUCAUCAUUAGCUUCAAUAUCUGGGAAGGCACCAUCAGUGCUGAAAAAAGUUCAGUUUAAUUCUCUGAAUUACAAUGAUUCAAUUGCUGUUUCAAUUGAAAACAACACGUAGUUAAAAUAGAUUGCUGGCACCAUCAAGGGGUCUGCUUCAGAAUUUUUUUGCACCAAACAGUUAUUUCAUUUCAUGCAUUCUAAUCAUUUCAGGCACUUUUUUUCUCCUUUUUCGACACUAUUUAAUCUACAAUCCAGUCUUCUGUCUUCCUUUACCUUAGUAGUAGAUGCAUUAAUUUGUAUACAUUUACAAACAAAUAUAUGGUUCAUAUUUCUGUACUCUCUUAGCCCUGCAUACUUUUUAAAGCUUUGGCUAAAUACAAGCAGGGUACAUGUGCAGCUCGAAUGUACUCUUAGAUAUACAACUAGGUUUAAUUUAUGAACACACUUCUCAUAAUGAUAAAAAAUGACACUUUGACCAUAACCAGCAAAAUGCAGAAAGUGGUAAUAUAGUGAAGAAGUGGCUUUAUUAAUGGAGGAGUCAAGGUGAAAUUUAUAAGGCAAGCAUGUGUAUGGAACCUUGCUUGCCCCUGCCUGUGUGUACACUUAACAAGAGGUGAGAGAGACAGAGCUGCUUACUGAGAUUAUUUUAAGUAAAGUAACACAUUUUUUCACAAUAACAACCAAGGUCCACACGCCACUGACAUAAUCUCUCUCUCUUUCUCUGUUGUCUAAAGUGCAUCCGGAAAGUAUUCAUACCACUUUUUCCAAAUUUUGUAAUGUUACAGCCUUAUUCCAAAAUGGAUUAAAUUCCUUUUUUCCCUCAAAAAUUCUACACAAAAUACCCCAUAAUGACAAAGCGAAAAACUUUUUUUAGAACAUUUUGAAAAUUUAUUAAAAAUAGGACACUCAAAUGUUGCAUAUACAUAAGUAUUCACACCCUUUGCUAUAAAACUCAAAAAUGAGCUCAGGUCCAUCCUGUUUCCACUGAUCAGCCUUGAAAUGUUCCUCCAACUUGAUUGCAGUCCACCUGUGGCAAAUUCAGCUGAUUGGACAUGAUUUGGAAAGCCACACCUGUCUAUAUAAGAUCCCACUGCUGACAGAGCACGUCAGAGCACAAACCAAGCCAUGAAGUCAAAAGAAUUGUCUGUAGACCUCCGAAACAGGGUUGUAUCGGCGCACAGAUCUGGGGAGGGUUACAGAAAAAUAUCUGCUGCAUUGAAGAUCCUAAAAAGCACAGUGGUCUCCAUCAUUAAGAAAUGGAAGACGUUUGGAACCACUAGGACUCUUGCCAGAGCUGGCCGCCCAGCCAAAAUGAGCAAGCGGGGGAGAAGGGCCUUGGUCAGGGAGGUGACCAAGAACCUGAUGGUCACUCUGACAGAGCUCCAGCGUUCCUCUGAGGAGUUGGGAGAACCCUACAGAAGGACCACCAUCUCUGCAGCACUCCACCAGUCAGGCAUUUAUGGUAGAGUGGCCAGACAGAAGCCACUCCUCAGUAAAAUGCACAUGACAGCCCGCUUGGACUUUGCUAGAAGGCACCUGAAGGACUCACAGACCAGGAGAAACAAAAUUCUCUGGUCUGAUGAAACGAAGAUUGAACUCUUUGGCCUGAAUGCCAAGCGUCAUGUCUGGAAGAAACCAGGCACCGCUCACCACCUCGCCAAUACCAUCCCUACAGUGAAGCAUGGUGGUGACCGCAUCAUGCUGUGGGGAUGUUUUUCAGCGGCAGGAACUGGGAGACUUGUCAGGAUCGAGGAAAAAAUGAAUGCAGCUAAGUACAUUGAAAUCCUUGAUGAAAACCUGCUCCAGAGCGCUCGAGACCUUCGACUGGGGCGACGCUUCAUCUUCCAGCAUGACAAUGACCCAAAGCACACGGCCAAGAAGACAAAGGAGUGGCUUCAGGACAAGUCUCUGAAUGUCCUUGAGUGGCCCAGCCAGAGCCCAGACUUGAACCCGAUUGAACAUCUUUGGAAAGACCUGAAAGUAGCUGUGCACCUACGCUGCCCAUCCAACCUCACUGAGCUUGAGAGGAUGUGCAAGGAAGAAUGGGAAAAACUCCCCAAAUCCAGGUGUGCCAAGCUUGUUGCAUCAUACACAAGAAGACUGGAGGCUGUAAUCGCUGCCAAAGGUACUUCGACCACGUAUUGAGAAAAGGGUGUGAAUACUUAUGUAUUUGAGUGUUCUUUUUUUAAUAAAUUUGCAAAAUGUUCUACAAAAAGUUUUUCGCAUUGUCAUUAUGGGGUAUUUUGUGUAGAAUUUUUUGGGGAAAAAGGGAAAUUAAUCCAUUUGGGAAUAAGGCUCAAACAUAACAAAAUGUGGAAAAAGUGGUAUGAAUACUUUCCGAAUGCGCUGUAUGUGUCUGCUCCUCUCACUGUCUCCAUCAGCUACACCUUUAAUUGAGUCACACAACACAAUUCCCAUUUAGAAAGUUUUACCUACAACUCUAUUACAACUACAAGUGAGCCUUGUUUGGGGGAUGUGAAAAACUGGAGCCAUUUUCAGACGUGCACUCCGGGAAAUCUCUAAAAAAUUUCAGGGGCUCUGGCCCACAAAUGAAUCUGAAUGUACUGUACAUAUAUCAUGGCUAUGCUGCAGUCAACAUAGUGUUAUGUUGUACAGUCUGAUCAAAGAUUAAAACCAAUGAUCCUUUCAUUUAGUUCUUCCCUAAGUUUUCAUUUUCUUUUUAUUCUCUUUACCUUUCUCUUUAAACCCUGGAAUAUAUGCCUAUUUGUCAACCUAUCACAGUGAAUGUCAAUGAUUGCAAUAAAGUUUAUCUUUAAAACAGUGAGCGCACAGAGACAGAUACACUUUAUGAUCAGGACAUUUCAAAGACAAAUUCAGAACUUCUGAAACCUUUCUCAUUGAUCCCCAAACAAAAGAAAGUUGAAAAAAAAGAGUAACAACACAGUAGAAGAUAUGCCUAUGUCCCAACUUUUUUGAAACAUGAUGCUGGCAUCAAGUUUGAAAAUUGGCAUUUUGUUUUUUAUAAAUAAGUAAAAAUGUUGAGUUUCAAUGUUUGCUCUGUUGCCAAUGCACUAUUUAAAUCAAAUGUAAGGCUUCAAUAAUUUGCAAAAAAGUUAAUUCUAUUUUUUUAUUCACAUUUUACUCAGGAUCUCAACUGUUUUCGAAUCAAAAUGUAAACACAGAAUUUUAGUGUCUAAUUUUUUGUUCAUCUAAGGUCAACCUCACCUCAUCAUGGCUUCACUAUCAUGAACCGCCUGAACAAGGAGGACCUGGUGGAGCCAAUCAACAAAGACUUGGAGUUUCAGCUGCAGGACCCUUUCUUGCUCUAUAGGAAUGGCAACUGUAAGUGUUAUGAUAUAAUACAAGUUCUAAAACUGUAGAUACCAGACAUGGACUAGACAUAUAAAUGUUUUUCAUAUAAUUUGAGAUUACCAGUGUGUGAUCUGAUAUUUCAGUUAUGAGGAGUAAAGGACAGCAUCAAUGAAAGGUAAAAAAGUACAUAUAUCAGGAGAGCUGACAUGCAUAAAUGGACAUGAGGAAAUUUUUACUGAGCAAAGGCUUUUUAACAUCACUUGUCGUGGGAAGUAGGGCUGUACAAAAUGUGGGGAAAAAAAUCAACAGAAAACUCUUAUGGUGGCUAUAUCCAUAGUUGCUUUUAGUGUCUUUAAUGUUUUCACUGUAAAGCAAAGAGUGUAUCAAAAAUACAUCCAUCUUUGGUUCAUACAAUGCUUCGGUGUUUUGUAAUAAAUAACAAAGGUGUACAACAAUAAAGUAAAUAAAUAAAAAACAAUAGAUGGGAGAAAAAUAGAAAAAAAAUUAAAUUAAAAAAAUAAAUCCCUCCCUGUUCCACCCACCCAGUGCCACUCAUGUUAUCCUAUAUUCUGUUUCAAGAAAGACACUUGGUUUUCACAGCCUUUUGAAGUUUUUCAAUCAGUCACUAAAAGAAUAAUGAUUCUUCCCAAGAUGCAAUUUUUCUGUCAGUGUGGCUAACCAUGCUUUAAAACUUGUUGGCUCUGUCUUUUUUACAUUGGAGGAGAACAAGUUUUUUCUCACAGAGGAAACAGUGGGUUUAGAAAGCAUAUUCUGCAGGUUCCUGGUGCUCCUUGAUGUCCCUAGUAUAUAUUUUAGUCUUACAGUUUGGGACUCAGGGCUCUAUUUUGGUGCCUCACCGGAGACGUGCCGCAAGCGCAGCGUCAGUCAGAUCCGCCGUGCUGACAAGGCGUUCCCAAGCACAUUUUGGUAUUUUGGUGAGCCGCGCAGCCCGGCGUAAGUAUCCCCCCUCCCUAACUCAGCUCCUCCCAGCACCAUAAGUCGUGAAAGGGCGUGUAGUUGGUUUAACACAGCCGAGACCUGUUUUCACCAAUCACAUAGGCUCCUCUCCUUGCCCUUAAAUCCGCCACAGGCGAGGCGUAUUACUAUUUUCAUGGAGUAGUCAAAGAGAUCAAGAGAUGUCUUAAGACAGUAAUGCCACAAGAUGGCGACAGAGGGCAGCUCCUCAACAAGUGUCCUCCACACUCUCUCAUAUGAGCACAGAUGGAUUUAGUGUGCGUAAUGUUGGACCCACUGGUAAGACAAACACCCGUUUCCACAAAUAAAGAAACUCACAUAAAGUUGCUCAUAUUCAAACCUCACGUGACAAAGGUGGGUUGAGCGCACAGAUCACAACAUAAACUCCAAAAAUGGCAUUAAAAUCAGAACCAUCUGUGCGUAAAUGACGCAUCGCGCUCCGUGGCCUGGCUCUUUCUUUCAUAGAUGUUGGCAUAUAAAAUAAAUUUGGCUCACAAAACUGAAUAUUAUAAUAUCCGUAUGUCGGCUUAAAGUAGAUAACGCAUCUGAGCACUGAAACAAAUCAUCUGUUCAGCUGCAGCAGCAGCAAGACGGACAGAGGACACGGAGACGUGUCCAGGUCGAGCUGUGCGAGAAAUAAGAGAAAGAAAGAAAAGGAGGAAGACGAAUUACGUAUCUUGUUAACUUCAUCAUGUGUGUUUAUUUACUAGAUAUUUAAUUUAAUUUGAUGCGGUUUCAGCUGUGUUGAUUCGGUGAGGUUGUGUGUCCAAACGCGUGCCAAACGCGCUCAUCAGAUCAGAUAUAGAUCAGAAUAUAUCUAUAUAGAUCCAAAUGUAUGUGCUGACUCAGAUUAAUAGUUGUUGAUGAUUAUUUAUUGCACUGAAAUCUGCCUGACACUGUGGAAACCUGCCGGUGAGGCAUCAGUGACGUAUGUCGAUACGCCGCCGGUCUACCAAAAUACUACAAGACCAGCUGCGUUCCGCCUUGCGCUGAAAGCUGACCAGGUUUGAAUCGGCGAGCUUUCAGCGCACUUUACAUGCCGUUGGCGAGCACGAAAAUGUCACUGCGCCAGCUGAUUCUGUCGACACCUCCCCCUGCCACGCCACCACGCCCAGCUUGGCGGAUCUCGGCUCGCCUCCGUGCGGCUCAUGCCACGAAAAUACCAAACUGGCCUUACGCCGGGCUCGCCGCCCUCCGCCGCCUCACCGGCGCGAACGAAAAUAGAGCCCAUAGUGUGUAACUCUGAAGUAGGUUUGCCUCCGCUUGAUUACAUUUUUCACAAAUGGUUGAUAUUUCUGGGGAGAUACAAUGUAAUAUGACUCUUGAGUAAUGCAGCCUACAUGCAAAAUUUUAAACUGGAUCAAGCAGUGCCUAGCAUUCAGGGAGCAAAUGUUGGUAUAUCAUAGGCUUUCCUUCCAUAUAUCCUCCACUAUUCCCAUAUACAGUUCUGCUUCCCAGCCUUCCUUUAUGCUGCCCAUGUUCAUCUGGUCUAGCUCCUGAAUAAAUUGUAUAUAACGGAAAUUGUAUUCCUCUUCAUUGUGCAAUCUUUGAGACACUUGUCUAGCUUUUCAGGGGUGGCGUCAUAAUUGUUUUUUGGAUACACAAGUGGUUGCUGCUAUGAACUUUCUGCUGGAUAAAAUGAAAAAGCUGUAUCAAAGACAAGUCUGCUAAAUAACUUUACAUUUUGCAAAUGUUUCAAGCAGACCGCUGUUCAUGCUUUACUAAAAUUCACCAUCACACAAACACACAAAACCAGAACAUAAAAGUACCUUUGAAUAUGCUGAACAAACAUCUCUCCAAGGCUUUCCGGAACAUGUCUUCUCCCCUUUGCUUGAAGUCUUUCCAGCAUCUUGGAGUUGUAUUAAACAGGAAAACUUCUUCUGAGUUUUCAUGAAGUCUAUUCAUGACCUCAAGGGAUAACCAGACAGCAACAGUUUAAACUAAAUACAGAUAUCAUUCUUCCUUGCGACAAAAAUUUAAGUGUCUUGUUUUAGGCAUAAAUCAGACUACUUAUUGAGUGGUACAAAAGCUUUGAUAUUUGAGGAUGGCUUUCCUCAGGGGAGAGUAAAGUGAGUUAAGCAGAAGCUGUAUUGUUAUCUGUCAGAUCUUCAGAAAGUGGCUGACAGCACUUCCACUGUGGUAGUCUAUCACAAGUCUGAGACAGAGCUUCACCAAGGCAGUGAACAAGGAAUUUGAAUGUUUCCCCAUUUGUUUGCUUAUAAGAAAAAACAGCAUGGCAAUGGUCAGGGUCACAGGAGACUGUUCCCCUUUAGGAUUAGGUUUGCCCAUUAGUCUGGCUGGUAUGGAAGACAUGAUAUUGUCUUUGGUCAGCAGUUUGUUUAGAGUAGCUUCUCCUGUAGCAUUACUUGAGUCCAAGUGCUGUUGUUAGCAUUUUAUAUCCUCAAAGUUGGCUGAGUUGCAGACUGGUACCGGGUUUUUAUUCAUUUGUUGGGGUCUUCUGAAAUGAGACAGCUCACAGUCAGAUCUGGAAAAUAGGACUGAGUGUUUUUUUUGUCUCUUUCAUUGUACAUUUGUGCUCCUCAGUGAUGAGUAUCCUUACAAUCCAGAUAAAGUCAGGCUCACCAUACCUUUUAGUUUUUUUGGGCUCCAAUUAAGUUGUUGUUGUGAUAUUGGUUCCAGUUUUGUGAUCCUGUAGAGAAAAAGAAAUUAAUCCUCAGUGAUUUUAAGCCUCCUUCCCUUUCUGUUAAUCAGGGGAAAAAAAACAGGAGUCCAACACAGAGACGAUGCAUUCUUCAGGAAGAUGAUGAUGAUUUAUGGUCACUCUUGUCCAUCUCCAGGUCUUUCUAAAAUAAUUUUAAACUCACUGAGAGACUGAGACUUAUCAUUGAAGUUAAACUGGCAGUCUUGAGCUCUAAGACCAAUGUACUUAUACAGUUACUCCUGUUUACACCUCUCUGUAUUCCCUCUGGUAGUAGUGGAUGCUGCAGGGAGAUGCAGAGUUGCCAGGUUAUCUAAGCCUCCCAAUGGUACACUAGUAUGCCAUUGUGCCAUCACACAGGCAGACACAUGCACACACACACACACGCACACACACACACGCAGACACAAAGACUUAUAUUGUAUAAAUCAUGUUGUUUUCCUAUGGGUGAUGAACUGCCCCCUCCCAACCACUGCAUCAGCACCUGGCAGCAGCAACACCUCAGUAGCUUGUUUUCGAGCUUUUCACAACCUUCCUAUUUGAUUUUCAAAAAAUACAUUUAAAUCAUUUAAUUCUUGUCUUGUUUCAAUUAUUAUGUUAAGCACCCAAGCCAGCUGUAACAUAAUAAUGUGGGCUAAUCCGGGAUCAGUCAGAUCUAGGUGAGCUUUUGUGUUUUCAGUGCUAGUUUGUGUAGAUUACACUUUUUGUGCUUUUUUGGAAUGUUUUUGGACACUGUGUUUGUGAACAACUGUGAUUGUCUCUGAUAAUGAGCACAUGAUGAGUAGAGAGUCUGAGUGCAGUGAAACUGUGAUCCAGGUGGUUUCUCCUUGGUGAAUCAAGGAGUUGAGCUCAAUCAAUGACUGCGCUAUGACAGGAUGCCUUAAUCUCACCACUACCACGUCCACAUGUUUCACUCCUAGGAUUUUUAUCUGGAAGCAGCUUAUUUCAAAAUAUAUAGUUACAUUUUUUUUACUUUGGGUUUGUGUGGUUAAUUGGCGCUCAUCUCAGCUCACAAUGUGCUCUUUUCUUCUCAGACAGGACAUGACCCCUGACCAUGUAAAGGAAGAAAACUAGUAUUCCACUUUUUAGUUGCACCCCUGGGUGAAGAAGAUAAUUGCAUUGUGACAACUUACCCAUGUGACAACAAGCCCCGGCCUCCCCUACUUUUCACUGACUUUAGAGAUGAGCACUAAUAAUAACUUGUUAGGUAGCCAUCUUCUGUGCCUGAGCUUGUGCCUGGGGUUUAUAGAUAGUGUUUUCACAGCUACUUAAAAGGUAAAAGGAAACCUUUCUGGAGCCCUGAUGUGCAAGCUAGAUAAGUGUCUUUACAACAAUACGUGUUAAUACACUAACGCUUUUAUCCAUAGUUGCUGCCAAAAUUAACAGAAGAUGAACUUCUGUCCAGCUGCUUUAAGUGAGCAGAGGACAAGAACUGUGGGGGUUGCUGCCAUCUUGGCCGAUGAGUAUGUUUUGGCCCACAAGUUUUAUUGAAUGACAAGUUUCAUCUUGAACCUUAGAUGCAUAUUGUAUAUAUAUAUAUAUAUAUAUAUAUAUAUAUAUAUAUAUAUAUAUAUAUAUAUAUAUAUAUAUAUAUAUACACUCACCGGCCACUUUAUUAGGUACACCAUGCUAGUAACGGGUUGGACCCCCUUUUGCCUUCAGAACUGCCUCAAUUCUUCGUGGCAUAGAUUCAACAAGGUGCUGGAAGCAUUCCUCAGAGAGCUUGGUCCAUAUUGACAUGAUGGCAUCACACAGUUGCCGCAGAUUUGUCGGCUUUACAUCCAUGAUGCGAAUCUCCCGUUCCACCACAUCCCAAAGAUGCUCUAUUGGAUUGAGAUCUGGUGACUGUGGAGGCCAUUUGAGUACAGUGAACUCAUGACACUGUGUUCAUAAUAGACUUGCUAAGAUGUCUGUAAGGCCUUUUCUGUUUGCCAUGUUGAAAGGUUGUUGUAUUCAGACUGAAGCAGAAGCUUUUCUUUAUAUAAUUCAGCUGUAGGUGAGACAGCAUGUCUUUGUUCACUCAUAAAUGUUUUAAAUUGGCUACAUGAGAGCCAAUGGGGAUCCAAGCGACAAAUACGCUGGGGUGCUAUAUUGUCUGAGAACGGUAUAUCAAUUUGAACAGGACAAUGAUCAAACAGAACUAUACUAUGGUACUGGCAGCUGGUAAUCAAAGGCAGUAAUCUGUUAUCUACAAUAAAAUAAUCAAUCCUUGAGUAACUGUGAUGAACAGGAGAGAAAAAAGAAAAUUGUUCAGUAGUGGGAUUAAUUUUCCUCUAUGGAUCACACAGGCCAUAGGAAUACAGAAAAGCGUUCACAACAGUUGCUGCAGUUGACAGGGAGAUAUUUGGAUUGGGAUUUGAUCUAUCUAUCUAGAUGUGUAUGAAGGACACAGUUAAAAUCCCCUCCCCAAAUUAGCUGAUGGUAGUUCAAGUCCGGUAAAUGCAACAUGGCAUUUAUUUUCUUGUGUAGUUCAUCUGAUAAUAUGGCAAUGGACGUACCAAUCUUGGCUACCACACUUUGUUCUGUGUUUUUCAGCACCAUCAUUAUCGUGUUCAUGUCGAUAGCCUCUCUGGGGAUUCCGGAGAUUCAGAGUCGAGGGGAGUCCAGGGCUUUUGAGCCUGCUUUAGCCCUCAGAUGUUUGGGCAUUUUAAGGCGUUUUAGCUCAUCGGGCGGAUAUGGAGGUGUAUAUUUUUUAGAUAGUAGAGUUACCAACACGUUGUAGAAUUACCUUUUUUGUCUUUUAGGUUGAGUGAAAGAGAAAGAUGGUGUUUUAAAGUUCAAUCCAUGCAGAGCUCACAAACCUGCGUCUUUACAUGCCGCUGCUCGCAAACGCCCUCGCUGCAUUUCUGAGUAUUUCUUCAUUUAAAUCACCGUGAAUCUCUGGCAGACCCAAACGACAGGUUCAGAAACUGUGAGAUUUCUUACUGUAAGUACAAAUGUACUGUAUAUUGAAUGGAGAUUCAAACUGUGUUUUUUCACAUGUAUUUUCCUUCAUCAUACAACCCCACCAUGCAUUUAAAAAUAACUGUAUAAAGUUAUAAAGUUCUUCUUUACUCAUGUGAUCCAUUUGUUUUUCAGCAGAGUGGGUCAAUAAAUGCAGCGGACAGUGAGGCAGUUGAGGUGCUGCCGCAGCAGGCAGAGCCAGCUGAUGACCCUGUACCCCACCAACAAAAACAAGGGACUUGUGUUCUGGCUGAUCUCCUGGGAAACACAUAUACAACAUCAGUAGCAGUAUCCAGAACCACACAUGACAAGGCAUUAGAUGAGGUGUUGAGGUACAAAGAGGUAAAACCACUGUCAUGCUCCACCAAUCCACUCAGCUGGUGGAGGGGGGGCAUGAGGGAGAAUACCCCCUGUUGCCAUGCCAAAAUGGUACCGCUGUAUCCCGGGAACAAGUGUACCUGCUGAGAGGAUCCUCUCAACAGCUGUUGACAUUGUCACAGCCCAGAGAAGUGCUUUGAAGCCUGAACUUGUAGACCAGCCACUUUUCCUAAACAGAAAUCUACAUGUGCAAACAUAGUAUGCAGCCAGAAAUGAAGGGAUGCAGUCCAAAUGUGAUAGUGUUCAAAAAAUGUUUUAUCACAAUUUCCAAGAUGAGAGAAAUAUUCGGUUUACGUGCACUUAACUUCUUCAGUGUUAAUACAGAAUUGUCCUGUUUUGUACUUUUGUUCUCUGUGUGCACAUGCUAAUUUUUAAUUUAUCACAAUUUCCAAGAAAAGGAAAUAUUGUUCGUUUUUUUGUUCAUUUAGGUGCACUUUACUUUUUCAGUGUUUAUACAGAACUGUCAUGCUGACAGGCAGAGCUCUGGCAGACCCAAAGCCACAACAGCAUCAGAAGACAAGUUUCUGAGAGUCAACAGCUUGCGUGAUAGGCGGCUCACAGGACAACAGCUUCAAGCACAGCUUAAUAGAGGUUGCAGUUUCAACUGUGAAGAGAGGACUUUGAGUUGCAGGUUUGAUGGGUCAAGUUGCAGCAAGAAAGCCAUUGUUGAGACUUCAGAAUAAGAAAGAGGCUUGCCUGGGCCAUGAAACAUCGCCAAUGGACUACUGAAAACUUGAAGAUGGUGUUAUGAACUGAUGAAUCAAACUUUAAAAUCUUCGGUUCAUCACACAGGAUUUUUGUACACCGUUGAGUAGGCGAAAGGAUGGUUCCUCAGUGUGUGACGUCAACUGUCAAACAUGGAAGAGGAAGUGUGAUGGUCUGGGGUUGUUUGGCUGGAUCCAGAGUAAGCUUGAAAACAUGGAGUGGCCAGCACAGUCUUCAGAAUUAAACCCCAUGGAGCUGGUUUGGGAUGAACUGCACAGAAGACUGAAAGGAAAGCAACCUACAAGUACUACACAUUUAUGGAAACUUCUGCAACAGAGUUCGGAAGAACGUUCUAAAGAAUAUUUGAUUACCAUUGUAGAAAGAAUGCCAAGAGUGUGUUCAGCUGUUUUAUCUGCCAAAGGCGGAUACUUUGAUGAGUCCAAAAUUUAGAAUACAUUUUUGUUUCUAAAUUGAUUCUGUGAUUUCUUUUUUAACUUCAAUUAUUUAUGUUUUAUGCAUUAAUUUCAGAGUACAAUGAGAUAUUAAACUGUAUCAUUUUCAAUAAAAUUCUGUAAAAGUUGGGGUGUUCUAAAGCUUUUGACCAGUUGUCCAUGUUUACAUGGGCAUGAAAAUAAAUGCUUCAAAAUUGUCAACAGGUACUCUAAUUAUUUGUGUAUUUCUACUCCUUACUGAGUCGACAUAGAAGCAUUUGAAACGAUAUUGAGUCGAAAUACAACAGACAGAAUCAAAAUUAAGUCCAUUCCUAAGGUUCUUAACAGUGCCUUGCUCUAGUACAGUGUGAUGACAUUAAGCAUGUGUAACUCCCCUGCCACAUUUCAGAGACUCAUGUAGUCAGUGGUGUCUAUCCAACCUUGGCAAGUGCGAGUUAGACUGUCCAUCAACAGGGCUCAAAAAACACAAUUUUGUCAAUUGGCAGCACCAGUGUCAGAAAUGUAAUAUACACACUGAAAUUUCUUCUUUUGAAAACAACACUGUUAAUAAAUUAACAAAGCGCUUGGGAAACAUGUUUCAUUUAAAUGAUUAAUGUUUAAUACUUCCUGAACAAAUGCCAACCUUAGGUCUAAAAGAUUCAAGGCCCUAUUAGACAAUCUGAAAAGCCAGCCUUAAGCCCAUGGUGCAAAGUCACUUAGGACAUGACAUAGGACAAACAACAUUUUUGGUUGUGUCAUGACUGCAGAACUGAAAUGUACACCCAGAAGCAGUGUUGAACUUUACAUCAGUGGUAAAGAAGGUGAAAUGAAGCAGCUUAUUUAAAAAAAAACACUUGCCAGUGAUCUCUUGCUUUUGUUACAAUGUGGAGAAGCAGAUGGUGGAAUAUGUCAGGUUCAGACAAUUUCAUGCAACUUCUCUCACCCUGAUGUCACCCACUUUGGCAUGAAGAUUCCAGCAAUACACACCCAUCAUAAUCUUAACAUUUCUUCAAAAACGAUUAUGGUGAUUGAACAGUGAGUAUUCAGAAAUUACGGUACCUAUUGAAACCAAUAGACAAGACCUGCGUCCACAUUUUAAAGUUUAAAUGGGGUCUCUUUGUGAAAGCAUCCCCAAGUAGUAGACUCCAAUAACUGCUUUUUUUUUUUUGCUUCUCUCAUUGACUUCUAUGCAAAUUUUCAAAAAUUCAUAUAUAACAGAGAAAAGUAAUAGCACACCUUUCCUAAUGAAACUACAAAUUUUGAUAUAUAAUUUGUUCUACAACUCUUCAAGCUGUAAGACUAGCAGUGAAUUAAAAUUUGCCCACAAGAGGGAUAAGUAAAAUCCACAGUAAAACUCGGUGUGUUUGCCCUGUGGCCCUAAAAAACUGAAAAACUAAUAAUUGUGCAGUAAUAACCAUAAUAAGUUGUAAUUUUAAAACAGUGGAGGAUGUAAUUCAUUUGUUUGUUUCUUUUUUUUCUAGUGGGUAUCUAUAGUAUUUGGUUCUUUGACAAGAGGGACUGUCAACGCAUUGCUCAGCUGAUGGUCAAGUAAGCGCCUGCCAUUAGCAUACUUUACCUAUGUUCAGAUGGGAUAGGACAUUUCUUCACUGUUUUCCAUGGAGACUAGUCUUACGUUUUGAAGGAAGUGUUCUUUGGCCACAGUUCACAUUUGAUUUCACAUUUCUUCAUUUUGCAUGUUUUCCCUCCCCACAGGAUAGUAAAACAAGAAGCAGACUGUGCCAGGAGAGAAUCACCUGAGGGUGUAAAUGGGGCUGCAGAACCAAGGUCAACUGACAUCUUGGAACUGCUGAGCAAAGCCAAGGAAGAAUACCAGAGAGUAAGGAGACAAAUGCACACUGUCAAAUGGAAGAUUGACAAACACAAUAUUUUAGAUCAUCAGCAGUAUAAAGUAGUUUGUUUUAUUCUCUUUUCUUAUUAUGCUUUUUUUCUCUAUCUACUCCCCAAAUUUUUAGUUUUUAUCAAAUCCAAAUAUCACCUAUCAUAACACCAAGCAUAUAUUUAUUGAUUGAAAGUAGUGAGCUGAAAAAUACAUAAUAAAAAUCGACUAAGUACUCCAGUAAGAACUGACCAAAAAGCUCUACCUCAAAAGUGGAACCCUGCUGUCAAAUAAAUGUUUUCAGUUCUUGAAAUGAUAGAAUACCGUAUGUUAGUUUCACAGUCAGUGGCUGCAUUUUCAGAUAUCAUAUUACUUUUGAGUGUUCUAUUCUUGAAAUAUUACACAAGACCUUCGAAAAAACUGCUUCUCUUUUAGAUCUACAUUGACGGCCUGUAUACAUCUUGUAACUGACAGUGUAAGGGCAUGGUUCCUAAGGCAGCAACAAAAGAAGGGGAGGACACAAAUGGCAAUGUUUAAGCCCUUUCUUAGGGGUGUUUAUUUGUUGAAACAAUUAUAAUUACCAUAUUUCUGUUGUCAGUCUUUAUGAUUUCUAUGCUGUCGGUGCGUGCAUGUGAAUGAAAAUCAGUAUGAAAACAUUUGUAGUAAAAUGUCUAAUUGUUGAGGUGUGUGUGAAGUGCACAAAAGGAAAAAGCGGUGGCUGCAAUGUGGCAGUCUUGAGGAUGGAGUGUGAGUGAGAGCAAGGCUGCGGUGUAAGUCAGCCUUUUCUAGUCCCAGGAAACACACUGGGCCCAGGUGGUCGCUAGAGCUCCCAGCCACUUUACCUAAAAAAAAACACAAUACACACAUUAAGGGACUGUGACAACCAGUAAGCACAACUCUGUCCUUUUUUUAAAUUACGAAAACUGUAUUUACAUUUAAAUACUCUCAUUUGUGAUUCAAAAAAAUAUUGCUAUUGUAUUAAACUUGAAAAGUUUGAUAUCCCCUGUUCCUAGGGCCACAGCAUAAGGUGUUACGCCUACUCACAAAAUAUUAGAAAACAAAAAAUGUGAAUUGUCAAAUGCACAGUAGUAAUGACGCUCAAUCUUAAAAAAUAGUGAUUCAGCGGCAUCCAUUGCUGUGUUGGUAGGUAAUCAAAACAGUCGGUGCCUUCUCAGUCCUCCCAAAAUUAAAGGAGUGCUCUUGACCACUGCCAGAUACAUGAACAUCUAAAAUUACAGUGAUUCUGAUCAAAUGUACAUUGCAGGCAUAAGAGCAUUUGUUGGAGUGUAUCUUAUUGCUUUUUUACACCUCUGUCUGUCUUCUUGUAUUUGUGUGAUUCAGGCUCAAGGGGGUAAAAGAGAUACAUCUGCAGAACUGAAUGUGACAGCAGCUAGCAGUACAGCUGAACAUGUUCACUGCUCAUCACAACAAGAAAAGGUAUUUACAUUGUAAAAAUAUGGGUUUUGGAAUUUUUGGAAGUCUCAAUUUUUUUUUCAUUUGUAUGUUUCGAAAUUCAAAUUUAAAAGUUGUCUUUAUGACCUCUAACUGUAACAGUAACUUUAACAUUAAUUAUAAUUAAAUUUGUAUAGCACUUAAAAAAACAGAGGUUUACAAAGUGCUUGACAAACAGUCGGGAACAUACACACAACAAAGCGCAAGUGCUUCAGCACAAGGAAAUAAAAACAAAAAGCUCAGAAGGUCCUUUUCAAGAUAAAAUAAAAUAUUCCUUUAUGAGUCCCACAGGAGGAAAUUAAAAAUUACAGUAACAUAUUAAAUGAUGAAGAAACAUAGAGUUAAAAAAGAUAUAUACAUGAGUGUCAUUUACAGAAUAAGCAUAUGUGUGCACAGAAUAUACAUGUGUACAGCAUAGACAUAUAAAUAUGAUUUAUUGCACACUGAGGUUUCUGUUGUAGAGUCCGACGGUUGCAGGAAUGACCUGCGAUACCUCUCCAUCACACACUCUAUGGGUGGCGCAUCCUGUCCCUUAAGGAGCUCCUCAUUGAGUGUUUGUUGGAGGGGAUGAGAGUCUCUGUCCAGCAUGGAGGACAGCUUGGCUGUGAUCCUCCUUUCCCCAACCUCCUCCACAAAUGUCAUAAGAACCCAGACAAUACAAGAGCCAUGCAACACUAAAUGAGACCACGAGGACCAAACUAAGAGCUAAACACAUAAAUUCUGUAGGAAAAAGAAAAUGCAAUCCAAAGGAGUUGAAAGCAAAAAAAACCAGAACAUCAACUAUAAAAAGACAAUGUUAAUACUGAUAAUAAAAUAAUAACAGCAAUGAUUAAGUAGAAUAACAGACAUAAGCAAGAGAUAACAAUGAAAAGGUCUAGAAGGUUAUCAAAGAAAAGAAGUGUAACAAAAGCAAAAGACAGAAAUCCAAGCCAAAAUUAGAUUAGAUUAGAAAAAAGAUAAAAGACAGCAUCACAUAAAAGCAAGUCUGUAAGAGUGAGUUUUAAAAACUGUCUUAAAAGAAGUGACUGACUCUGCUCACCUUAUCCCCUCUGGCAGGUUGUUCCAAAGUCGCAGAGCUCUGAUGGAGAAAGCUCUAUCACCUCUAGUUUUGAGCCUUGAUUUUGGAACAACCAGAAGGCCUUCGCCAGAGGAUCUAAGGCCGUGAGCUGGCUCAUAAGGUAUCAGUAGCUCUGAAAUAUAGCUUGGAGCAUGUCCCAUGAUUGUUCUCAAAGUAAUCAAUGAAAUCUUAAAAUCAAUUCUAAAACCAACAGGAAGCCAGUGAAAGAAGGCUAAAAUUGGAGUGACAGGAGUGUAGCAACUUGCUGUGGGAGUGAGAUAGUAGCAAAUCAGGCCUAACAAAAGGAAAGUAGCAAGGAAGUGGUCCAUUUUUGCUGUAGGAUUACAAUUUGACAUGAUAUCAAGGACUUGGCUCAAAAUUUGAUGCUAAAGACACUGGCACUCUAGCUUGAUGCUUUGUGGAGCCUCUGCUGCUAAUUAUAUUGGUUUGCAAAUACACACCUCUUAAACACUUUCAUGUACAGAUCCAACCCACAUUGCAUUUGUGAGUGGCCUAAAGUUACUUUGUAUUCAAUGUUUAUUUAAGUUUGGUGUUAAAUCUUUUUUUUUAAAUUAGUUAUGGGAACAAAAAAAGAUCGGACGGCAUUGAUUAAGUGCUCAGAAUUUCCCUCUUGGUUAUCAUUUAUUUCUGGUCUUACCGAUAGGAGAGGCCUAAUCAUUUGUGCAUAUGUAUGUGCACAUGUCUAUCUAUCUGUCUUGUAGUUGUGGUCCUGCUUUUAAUUUGUUUCCAUCAGUCUCACAGUUUUCCUUUCUUUGUCUUUAACCUUCUAGAGCUCUCCUUCAAAGGUGAAGCAGAUCACAGUUGAAGAACUCUUUGACUCAUCACUGCCAAAGGAUGCGACUUCAGUCAUCUUUCCUGUCCAACACACCACGACUGCAUGUAGUGGCCUCUCCAUCUCUUACCACCAGAAUCAGUCUUGUUCGGCUCCAGCCCAUCUAAACCAACUCCCUCCUUCCAAUCUUCCGAGCCCAGAUAGCAGGUCAAAUCAACAGUCCCAAGCACCCAUCCUACCCCAAGCUCCAUAUGUUCUACACCCCAGCCCUAUUUUCAAGUCAAUGGUCCCCAAAUCAGAGCACCAACCACUUUGCUCAGUCUUUCCUCUGAUGAUGCCCCCUGCUGGCUCAGAGCCUCAUGCUGCUCCCCCUGGCUGUGCAGCAUCACCAUGUACAACAUACAUGAGAAAGGAAGUCCUCAGCACGCUCAAACCAGCAGUCUCAUCUGUACAUAUGAAUAUUCACAAACCAGUCCUUGCACCAAACUUUCUGCCAAGUGCACUGCUCCCUCCCCACAGCUUCCAAGAGCCCACAGUAAUACCUCCUCCCCAGCACAUGAAGGAAGUGGACAGUCUUUCUCAGCCUUCAAAUCUGAUCAAACCACUUUCUGUAAGUUCACCAGCUCAAUUAGACACAGUUUGGUUGGUUUGUAGCUAGUCUUGCCUCUUUUUAAGAUUUUUGAAUCACAGUAGUUAACAUUAUAAAAUAACAUAAUUCAUCAUUAUCUUUUUUAUCCUAGUCUCUCUGCCAUCUUUUCUGAUUUUUUUUUAGACUGUUGCCAUGAGACUAGGACUUGCUGGCCCAGCUGCAGAGAUUUCAGUGCUACUCUCCCCUAGUGCCUUCCAGCAGUCCAUGAAUAAGACACCAGCCGCAAUGUCAGGGUUUCCCCCUGCACCCUCUGAGCUCUCCUCCUCUGAUGUAGGAGUUGUAGAUCCUCCAGAAGCCCCCUGCAGAAAAGCACAACUACAGGAGACUCUUAUUUACCUAAUUAAGGUACAGUAAGGUUGUGUAAUACAUGCUGUUUGCAUAGUGGCAUGGAAAAUGUUACUUCACAAAGACAGCUUAGAAAAAAUUGUAUAAAAGAAUCCUAUGGCCAAUCUCAAAAAACUAAGUUAAGUGUAAUUAAAUCUAUUAUGAGAGCAACAUCAAAUAGAAAUUCCAGGUUUUGACCAUGGUCCAUUCCAUGUUCCCGACCUCCCCUUGCAUGCUUCAAGUGGAGGCGGAAGUUGAAGCCUUGCACACAGAGGCAUCCACCAGACGUUCCCAGUUCCCCCACACUACACAUUUGGGUUUGCCAGGUCUGCGGGGUAGCCUUCCCGCCACCUGAUCCAACUCGCUAUCAGGAGGUGAUUAGUUGACAGCUCAGCUUCUCUCUUCACUCGAGUGUUCUUGGCUGCAGAGCAGAUGACAUGACCACAAAGUCUAUCAUCGAUCUUUGGCCUAUGAUGGCCUGGGACAAGGUCCACAUACACUACAGGCCAAAAGUUUGGAAGCAAAUUCAGAUUUGUACAAAAAAAAGACCAUAGUUUCAUAUAUAUAAUUUGCAACACAGUAAACAUGACUAUUGUGUAAAGAGUAACUUAUCAGAAGACAUUUUGACUAUAAUUAUGAGGUAUCUGAGUUACUGUUGCUUAGACUUUGCUUUCUUUAAAGUAACCUCCUCUGGCUUUAACAACAGCUUGGCAUAUACCAGGCAUUCAUUCCACAAGUUUUUUAAGGUAUGUUCCAGGGAUUGCAUUCCAAGCUUUCUUAAGUUCAUUAUAAAGAUACUGCUGAUUCGUGGGACGCGUUUUUCUGACCGAUUGAUCCAAUUCAUCCCGCACAAGCUCAAUUGGAGAAGGGUCUGGAGACUGAGGGGGCCAAACCAUCUUUAGAAGAACACCUUCCUCUUCUUUUUUGUCUAGGUAACCCUGACAGAGCUUGGCAGAGUGCUUAGGGUCAUUAUCUUGCUGAAAAACAAACUUAUGAGCCACAAGUCUGAGUCCAGAUGGAACAGCAUGGUGCUGGAGGAUGGAGUGGUACUGUUCCUUCUUCACUCUAUCCUUUAUGUCAAACAAAUCUCCUACUCCAUCACCUGCAAAACAUCCCCAUACCAUGGAACUACCACCUCCAUGCUGAAUUGUGGGUGUAACACAUGGUGCUUUCAGACGUUCACCAGUUUGUCUGUGGACAUAGACUCUGCGUUUUGAACCAAACAGUGCAAACUUGUUUCCAGUCAUCAUAAGUCCAAUUUUUGUGAGCUUUUGCCCACUCAUAUCUCUUUUUCUUGUUCUGUGGACAAAGUAGUGUUUUUUUGCAGAUACAUAACCUUUCAGACUAACCUGUCUCAAAUGUCAUUUCACGGUUGUAAGAGAUAUUGUUUUCGACCUUGUCAUGUUGAUUUCCUCCCUUAUUUGUAGUGCUGUCUUUCGCCGAUCUCUCUUAUUGGUGACAAUGCUAUGUUUAUCCUUUGCUUUUGUAGUAACACUCUUUCGUCCAGGUCUUUUUCAAUCAUCAUAACUUCCAGGUUCCUCUAGUCUCUUCAGAGUGUAGUGGACUCCUUUGUUAAACACCUUUAGGCGUUUUGCAAUUUCUCUUUCUGUGUAUCCUUCUUUCCUCAAUGUACAAAUCUGUACUUUUGUUUCUUUACUCAGUUGCUUCUUGCUAGCCAUUUUUACGGUAGUUUGAACGCAGUUGAGAUUUAUUAGGAUUUUUGUAUGCAGACUCUCAAAAGCCAAAAGUUGAAGUGAAUAAUCCAACUGUGAUUUUUUUUUUGCUUUUGCACUGAAGUUGUGACUCUUGCAAAUGUUUUCAACCCUAAAACUAAGCCCUUAUUAUCUUUUGCUGAAAUAUAUUUAGCAAUGGUCUGUUAACAUCAAUGUAUAUCUAAAGGUAAAUGGAGUGAAACGAUGCAUUUCCAUGAAAGCAACAUCUGAUCAUGGAGUAAAUACAUCCCAAAAUACAUAAAACUCAUGCUGGAUUUUAAAAAAAGCAUUGUGAACAAAAACUUGAAGUUACUCCCAACUGUUCGGCCUGUAACGACCUUGCUUCCAAACUUUUGGCCUAUAGUGUAUGUACCACCCUAUGAACAUGGUGCUUGUUAUAGCCAGUCCAUGACUAGCCUAAUAACAAGGCACCACUUGAGUUAAGACCAGACAGGCUGGUCCUCCCUAUCAGCCCUCUCCAGUUGUUUCUAUCAUCGCCUAAAUCAGUUUUGAAGUCCCCCAGGAGAGCUAUGGAGUCCCAAACUGGGAUCCUUUCCGGGACCCUUCCCUAAGACUCUAAGAAGGCAGUGUACUCUGAACUGCUGUUUGGUGCAUAUGCGCCAGAAAUAACAAUCAGGGCCCCCUCCUCAGGACCUAAAGUCACAAGGAAGGGGCCUCCUGCUCCCCAGAGAAAAUUCUGGCACUGAGGUGCUCAGCCAUGGGCUUGUGAGUAGCAGAGAUUUUAGCCCCUCUCCAGGAGUUUGGUUCCACGGUCAUAGAGAAAUGUGCUUUGUGUCAGACAGUGCCUGAAGUGACUAAAAACAAAAUUAAUUGAAAAUAGACUUUGUUCCACCAUAUUUCCCACUAAGUAGACAAUACCUUCAGACAUACUUCAAGGAAAAAGCAGACGAUCUGCAUGAUUAUUGGUGAAUUUACAUUCCAAAAGUCUAUAGUUUCACUGUGCUGAAUAGUUAUAGGCUUGAGUAAAAUGCUUAUGGGUUACCUUUAAUACUUGUGUAUGUUCAAGCAUGUGUAGAUUUUUAUGCAUUGUUGUGGGCUGUGCACAGAAAAACAAGACAGAUGUCACCACUCGUAGAAUGAAAACAGCCAGAUCUGUGUUACAUUUGCACAUCACCUCUGUGAAAAUGUUUUGUUAGUGUGCAGCAUUAUUACAAACUGAUUGAAUCCUAGCAAAUCUUAGCUUUUUCUUGUGCCCAUCACCCUCUUUCCUCAUUUGUAUCAAGUAAUCCCAUAUUAAACAAAAGCAAUCUCCCUUAGUAGAUCAAUUCAAGGCAUGAUUUGUACUAUAUUAAAUGCACUUCCAGCUUUACUGCAUCAAUAACACUUGUACAUCUUUGGUGUGACAUAAGGGCUGAAAAAGUAAAGAACCCAAGUUUAUUUUCUCUGGUUUUUUACUCUCUCCCUGUCCAGAAUGAUGCAGCCUUCUUCCGUGCCAUUCAUGAACACCUCCAGACCGUGACAAAUGACUUCAGCAACAUGAAAGUAUAGUCAUCUUUGAGCACCAUAUUAAUGUUCCUUUGUCUGGAAGCCCCUUUUAUGAACUGUCUCCAUAUUUCUGGAACUGUUUGGGUCCUGAAAACCAUCAAAGCAUGCAAUGGCAACAUUCAACCCUUAGCCCUUGGCAUAGAGCUUGUUCAUACUCUUAUCCUGGCUACCCAAAUCUUGGACUGAACAUGUUGAAGAAGGACUGAGCAGACUAGAUCAGCUGUUGAUGGUUUACUUGAGAACAGGACCACAGUUGAACUUUUUUGACCUCAAAUGAUUUUAGUUUGUAUCUUGGGACAAAUGAUUUUGCAUUGAACAGUAUUUGAUUGCCAUCUUAGCUGUCUUACACAAUACUUGAUGUUUGAGAAGUGUGACAUUUCGGAACGGUAACAGUUGCAACUUUUUUUAAUUUUAAUUUUCUAAGUGUGUUUGGGACCUUUUGGGGGUCUUCAGAGUAAUUGUCCCACUGUCUGAGUAUAGAAAGACUUUUAUGUUUUUGUUUCUAUUAGUGCCAAGUAAGUGGGAUUUUGUGUAGAAUUUUUCACAUAUUUCAUUCAGGGGAAAGAAUUUCUGUUAUUGAUUUUAGAAACACUUGCUUCGUAGUGAUUUAACUCACAAUAUAGUAUCACUUUUCCUUUACCAACUGUCUUUUAUGAUGUUAGAGACUGUAACAUGUUAAUGGAAAAAAAAAUAUUAUACAAAUAAGCUCAUUUUUGAUUUUUUCCUAUUAAAAGUUUCUUCCUCCCGGA